CUUCUUCUUCAUCUUCUUCAGCUUCGCUAUAUUAAAUUCAUAGCAAAUACAUUGCUAGUUGUUUUAUUUUUUUUUCAUAAUUAAGCAUGGCCGGUGGAGGAUUAUCGGCCUCCGCGCCAGCGGCCGGAGUCGAGUUUGAGGCUAAGAUCACUCCGAUCGUUAUCAUUUCCUGUAUAAUGGCCGCAACUGGAGGACUCAUGUUCGGCUAUGAUGUUGGUGUCUCUGGGGGGGUAACAGCAAUGCCCGAUUUCUUGGAAAAGUUCUUCCCUGUAGUUUACAGGAAGACACAAGAAGAUCUGGAUAGUAAUUACUGCAAAUAUGAUAAUCAAGGACUACAGCUGUUCACUUCAUCCCUGUACCUUGCUGGUUUAACUGCCACUUUCUUUGCAUCAUACACUACUAGAGUACUUGGCAGGAGACUUACCAUGUUGAUUGCCGGUAUUUUCUUCAUUGUUGGUGUUGUGCUUAACGCUGGUGCUCAAGACCUUGCUAUGCUCAUUAUUGGAAGAAUCUUGCUUGGUUGUGGAGUUGGUUUUGCUAAUCAGGCUGUGCCACUAUUUUUAUCGGAAAUAGCCCCAACAAGGAUACGUGGAGGUCUCAACAUACUCUUCCAGCUAAACGUCACCAUCGGCAUCCUUUUCGCCAAUCUGGUCAAUUAUGGGACCGCCAAAAUCAAAGGAGGUUGGGGUUGGAGACUAUCACUGGGGCUGGCAGGCAUUCCUGCUCUUCUCUUAACCAUAGGGGCUCUCUUUGUGGUAGACACUCCCAACAGUCUUAUUGAGCGAGGUCGCCUAGAACAAGGAAAAGCUGUGCUGAGAAAGAUUAGGGGUACCGAUAAUAUUGAACCCGAGUACUUGGAGUUGGUUGAGGCAAGUCGUAUAGCUAAAGAAGUGAAACACCCCUUUAGGAAUCUCCUUAAGCGGAGGAACAGACCCCAACUGAUCAUAGCUGUUGCCUUACAGAUAUUCCAACAAUUCACAGGCAUCAAUGCAAUCAUGUUCUAUGCUCCAGUAUUGUUUGACACUUUGGGAUUUGGCAGUGAUGCUUCUCUUUACUCAACUGUUAUAACAGGGGCAGUGAAUGUUGUAUCAACCAUGGUAUCUAUCUACUCAGUUGACAAACUGGGUCGUCGUGUGCUGUUAUUAGAAGCUGGAAUCCAGAUGUUCUUGUCUCAAAUUGUAAUGGCAAUAAUACUUGGAAUCAAGGUUACAGAUAACUCGAAUGACCUCCACAGUGCCUAUGCAAUUGCAGUAGUUAUUAUGAUUUGCACUUUUAUUUCUGCUUUUGCAUGGUCCUGGGGACCUCUUGGGUGGUUGAUUCCAAGUGAAACAUUCCCUCUGGAGACCCGUUCGGCUGGGCAGAGUGUGACUGUUUGUGUGAAUCUGCUCUUCACGUUUGUCAUAGCGCAGGCCUUUCUAUCAAUGCUUUGCCAUUUAAAGUAUGGUAUCUUCAUAUUCUUCUCGGGUUGGGUUCUGAUCAUGUCAUUCUUCGUGCUAUUCUUGCUCCCGGAGACCAAAAAUAUUCCCAUUGAAGAGAUGACAGAGAGAGUCUGGAAAAGACACUGGUUGUGGAAGCGCUUUAUGGAUGACUACGACUACGAGGACGUCCUGCCUCCUAUUAAUGAUAUUGAAGCCAAGAAAAAUGGACAUACUAAUGGGUUUGAUCCUGCUUCCCAGUUGUAAAUUUGAGAAAAGCUUUAACACAUAUACAUCAAACAAAGUAUCGCUAGCUAGAUUAUAAAUAUAUUGGUAUAUAUAGUCUCUAUGUUGUUUUUAUUGUAUUAUCUUGAAUCCAUUUGUUUAAGAGAGUAUUUGUUUUCUAUUAAUAU